UUACCCCAGAGACAGGAGAUCACUUCGUAAGUAAGGAAAUCUACCACGCUGGUUACAAUCAUCACCUCAUGGAGAACUUCACAGAUAUAAUCAGCAAAUGGUCCUAUGGCCCAAAAAUGCCAUUCAGCACAACAAGAUCGGGGGUUGUAGGGAACCUUAAAUUGCAAGCAGGAAUUCUCCUGUCCACCUCUCUGCUGGGCCUGGUUACCUAUAUCGGUGCCUUCUGGUACCAACGAGGUGCACUAAGCCUCCUUAAAAAUAGCUUCAUCACUUCCUUUUCAUGUGAGCACAUGAACCUGAAAGGUGUUCAGAACACCCAUGUCUCUCUUUUCGUUCUGCUUUUCAUCGAUGUUCUAAAUGUAAUCGGAGCAAUGACCUUUGGAAGUCACCUGGCUGCAGCUACCUGUUCUGGAAACCCAUGUCUGUACACCCAAAUCCUGUGGAUGGCAUCAAGACGGUAUUUAGUGAUGAUACAUCUCCUCACCGCCCUCAUAUCACUCCUAUACCUGUAUCGCCCACACCUGGGAGCCAAGCUACGCUGUGUUUUCUCUGUGGUGUCUUUACUGAUUUGUGUUUUACACUACAGUUCUGUGCUCUACACCAUUGAGGCAGAAUACCUACUAGAAAUUCUCAUCUGUGGAUUGGCUGUGGCCAUUGUUUCAACAGCUAUUUUAAGCUCUCCUGCCACAGGGGGAAAAAUAGUGAAGAUAGGCAUUACAGUUAUCUCAAUGGUCACUUUCUUUGCUGUCUACUUCCCCAGUUUUGUUCUAAGGUACCUAUUCUACAGCAGGUUGACAGCUGACUAUAAUACAAUUUAUGCAAAUGUUUAUUAUUUCACAAAUUUUAACGUCUUUCUCGAUGGACUCCUGUUUUGCUUAAUCCUGAAAUUGUCUGAUGGAGAAAAAGAAGAUGAAUCACAGCAAUUGGAACUACAACCAACAUGGCAGCAGCAACCUUCUCAAAAACAAUGGCAGCAGCAGCAACUACCACCGCUACAACAUGGUUUAGAUUAUCCAAGGGUUCAUGUUAAUACAAAUGCAGUUAACCCUUAUAACAGGCAAAGCUGGAAUUAAAUCUCUGCAUAAUGAAGAUUGAUGUGAUUUAUCAUCAAUAGUGAGCAUGACUGAUCACAGUGCUGACCUUUGAUAUUUGUCUUUCAGUUAUUUAUAACUGUGGACACUUUUUAAACCAAUGAUUUGAUUUAGAUCAAUGAAAAUGGGAUUUGAUCAGCAUCGCAUUGUCACUGUCAUAUAAAUCGUAACUAGCAUAAAUCAUCGACUAUAACAAGAGCAAGAAGAAACGUGCAAACAUCUCUAUAUUCACAUAAUGGUCUAUAAAUGAAAUGGAUGCUGUGAGAAAUAACAGUCAUUUUGUACACAUUGUAAUAUAAAUAAUAUUGUAAUUAUUAUAAUAUAAAACUGUUUAAUGACAAUUUCUAAACUAGUUUCUUUUUUAUUUAUAUUCAUUUUAAAACAUUUACAUAUUAAAAAUCUCCACCAUG